AUGGAGGUUCCUUAUUUGUCAGGUGUCAGUCGAACGGUACAUGGACACCUAUGCCCAUCUGUGUAUGUCGGUUCAAAUUUAAUUUUUUCAUGUGAAGAAGGUUUUCAGCUCACGAAUGGUAAAGAAUCUCUGGUAGUUGAAUGUCUGGCGACCGGACAAUGGUCAGAAAUGCCAAAAUGUGAACGCAUUUUCUAUACAACACCGAUGGUUCGAUGUAGUUAUCCUCCAUAUAUUACAAAUGGAUUCCUUACAUCAUACAACGUUACAAUUUGGCAAGAUCAAACUUAUACCGGUUCAGUAACAUAUGAAUGUGAUUAUGGUUAUAAAAUAUCAACCAUAGAUCUCGUGACAGAGUGUAUUAAUGGCAUUUGGCAAAAUAUUCCUAAAUGUCACGUCUCAUUGCAAUAUAUACGAGAUCCACAAGAAUUUGUCGUCGAUUCGUAUGUACUUCGGUUUUGUAAUCCAAAUUAUGUUCAUGUUCUCUCAGGUCCAUCCUUAACAAUUAAAUGCCGAAAAGAUGGAACAUGGUCUGGCAUACCUUUAUGCGAAUCUUUAGAAAUAACAUCGACAAUAACUACCAUGCUUUCGACAUUGAUUUCUACUUCUCACACUGUUUCGCCAAUCACAACUACUCCAGUGGCAUUAUUUUCGGUCACUCAUUUAAAUAUGACCACGUCAGAAUUGCCUAUGACCAUUCCAGAAGUUAAUAAUUCUGCAGUAAUUCAGGCUGUAGAACUCACAUCAACUAUAAAUUCUGCAUUAGUACAAACAUCUACUACUAUGUCAUCAACCUUUCCUCCAGAGUCAUCGGUGAAAAAUUGGGAUUCUAAUGAAAACCUAUUAUCGACACGACUGAUCAAUAUUAUUCAAGAAGACACUAUUAUCAACAUUAAUACAACGUCAGAGCUGCCUAUGACCACUCCAGAAGCGAAUAGUCCUAUAGCGAUUCCGGCUAUAGAACUCUCAUCAACUAUAAAUUCUUCAUUAGCACAAACAUCUACUACAACAUCAACCUUUCCUCCUGAGUCAUCGAUGAAAAAUUGGGAUUCUAAUGAAAACCUAUUAUCGACACGACUGAUCAAUAUUAUUCAAGAAAACACUGUUAUGAACAUUAAUACCACGUCAGAACUACCUAUGAUUACUCCAGAAAUGACCACUCUCGAAAUUAUCACUCCAGAAAUUACCGCUCUAGAACCUAAUAAUCCUACAGUAAUUCAGGCUGUAGAACUCUCAUCAACUAUAAAUUCUUCAUUAGCACAAACAUCUACUACAACAUCAACCUUUCCUCCUGAGUCGUCGGCGAAAAAUUGGGAUUCUAGUGAAAACCUAUUAUCGACACGACUGAUCAAUAUUAUUCAAGAAAACACUGUUAUGAACAUUAAUACCACGUCAGAACUACCUACGAUUACUCCAGAAAUUACCUCCCUAGAACCUAAUAAUCCUACAGUAAUUCAGGCUGUAGAACUCUCAUCAACUAUAAAUUCUGCAUUAGUACAAACAUCUACUACUAUGUCAUCAACCUUUCCUCUAGAGUCAUCGGUGAAAAAUUGGGAUUCUAAUGAAAACCUAUUAUCGACACGACUGAUCAAUAUUAUUCAAGAAGACACUAUUAUCAAUAUUAAUACAACGUCAGAACUGCCUGUGACCACUCCAGAAAUGACCAUUCCAGAAGCUAAUAAUCCUACAGCAAUUCCGGCUGUAGAACUCUCAUUAACUAUAAAUUCUUCAUUAGUACAAACAUCUACUACAACAUCAACCUUUCUUCCCCAGUCAUCAGCGGAAAAUUGGAAUUCUAGUGAAAACCUAUUAUCAUCGACACGGGUGAUCAAUAUUAUUCAAGAAGAUACUAUUAUCAACAUUAAUACAACGUCAGAACUGUCUGUGACUACUCCAAAAAUGACCAUUCCAGAAGCUAGUAAUCUUACAGUAAUUCCGGCUGUAGAACUCUCAUCAACUAUAAAUUCUUCAUUAGUACAAACAUCUACUACAACAUCAAUCUUUCUUUCUCAGUCAUCAGCGAAAAAUUGGGAUUCUAGUGAAAACCUAUUAUCAUCGACACGGCUUAUCAAUACCGUUCAAAACGACACUGUUAUCAGUGUUAAUAGUAAUCCAUCACCGCCUAAUGAUUAUUUUACAACGGAUAGUAAUGAUCAAACAAACAACAUAACGAUGGUCAAUGAUCAUGUUAUGUGUAAAAAAACUGAUCUACCUAAUGUACCAAAUACAAGAAUUUCAUUUAAUAACAAUCAGGACGAUCGGUUUUCUAUUGGAAGCUUUUUAUUUUAUGAAUGUACUUCUGGUUUGGAAUCGGUCGUUAAUAGAACACAAUCAUUCAUUACAUAUUGUUUACCGGAUGGUAGCUGGAGUAAAACAAAUUUGAAUUUAUCGAUGUGCAGAGAUGAAAACAAUACAGACAAAAUUACAGAUAUGAUUAUAGAUAAUGUCGAUACGUCUCCUGUAACAUCAACAAACAUGUCUAUUAACAAUGGUACAAGUUCGCUAAUUGAAGUGUUAACGACAAUGCUUUCCAAUUCCCCUAGACGCCAGAUCCUAAAGCCACGUUGUGCAUUACCACCACCUAUUGAUCAUGACACUACAAUGAUCGUAGCAUCCAAUAUCAAAGUAUUUAAUACUUCUACGAAUGAAGCCAUUCCCGGAUCAUUUAUCGAAUUGAAUUGUCUAGCUAAUGCUAGUGUAUGGAAUUCGAGCUCUGGUUCAUUGAAUAUGACUUGUCUUGACACUGGAAAAUGGACUCCAAAAUCAGUCUGCUAUGGACCGAUGAAAAUCGAAUGUUUAAAUGGUAGAUGGGGCCCACGACCCCGAUGUAAACCUGCCGGAUGCCUGAACUCUACUGCUGAUACCAUACCGAAUGGGUAUAAAAGUGCUGAAUCCUAUUUCGUUUAUAAUGGUCAACAUUAUUAUCUACUUUCUCGAUAUGUUUGUUAUAAUGACUCUGUUAUGACUAAUUCGAGCAAUGGCGUUGCAGACCUUAAAUGUCACGAAAAUAAAUGGCCUGAACUUCCAGUAUGUCAUUUGAAAGUCGAAGAAACAACAACUGUCGAGUAG